UGAGUACUGUGCUUGCCUAACACUGUGCACGAAACACACCCAGUCCAUCACCACCAACCUCAAGGGAUCCAAUAUCCACCCAGGUUUGUGUUGUUGUUUGCUGCCGUGCUUCUACACACACACAACACAUCCCGUUGCACAUCCACCGCGCGCAUGUCUGACAACAGCCGUGCCCUGGAGCCGAGGCCUCCUCGACGACAAGAUGCCCUGGUUUGGAUCGAUUGCGAGAUGACGGGGCUCGACCCAGAUACGGAUGCCAUUAUCGAGAUCUAUUGCCUCAUCACUGAUGGGCAGCUCGAGCUGCUCGACGAAGCCGGCUGGGGCGUUGUUGUCCACCAGACGAGAGAGCGCAUGGAAAUGAUGGAUGAAUGGUGUACCCGCGUUCAUGGCGAGAGCGGUCUUACUGCAGCCGUCAUCGAGUCGACGGUGACACCUGAGCAGGCGGCUGACGGGCUCCUCGCCUACAUUCAAAAGUACGUCCCUGAGAGAGGGUCCGCGCUGCUGGCCGGGAACAGCGUACACGCCGACAGGGCUUUUCUUCGGAAGCCGCCAUACAGCAAGGUUCUCGACCACUUGCAUUACCGGAUCCUGGACGUCAGCAGCCUCAAGGAAGCCGCACGAAGGUGGCGGUACGUGAAACGCCCGGUGGAUCAUUGUCCCUCGUCCCAGUCCAUGGUCGCAGCGUGGAUGCAGUUGCACUUGGUGCACCACCUGGCGGCGGCGGGAUCUCGUCGUCUCUCCAGAUCGAACGAGACACUGAUUUGGAAGAACAGGCCGGAAGUUGCCGCAGCAGCUCCCCGUAAAAAAGGUCUUCACCAGGCUAAGCAGGACAUCAUCGAAAGCAUUAAGGAGGCCAGGUAUUACAGGACGGCAAUCUUCAAAGCGGGUGAGCCCUAAGCACAUGGUCACUUUGCCGGCUUGAUACCGGCUCGAUACCGCCCUUGGGAAUUGUGGUGACAAUUGAGAAUGGAAGAGGCUUUUGUCAUCUAUCCUUGCGUGGCCCGCAAUCGCAUCCCUUUGCCCGCGGGU